CGUUCUGGUUUCUGUGUGGGCUUUUCUUCCUUUCUAUUUAUUUAUUUAUUUAUUAUUUUUUUUUAAUUUUCUGUUAUAUAUCGACGCUAGCUUCCAUCUGUUUCGGUUCUACAACUCUUCUGCCAAGAAAAUGUUUCUGAAAUUAGCGAUUUCACUCUAGCUUUGUAAGAUCAUAUUCGUCUGUCUUCUAUGCUUUCUCUGUCUCUGUCUCUGUGUUUUGGUUUUCACUUUCUUGCUGGGUGCAUGCAAAAAGCUCUCAUAAAAGUAAUCAUACGUUUCAAAACCCUCGAUUAUCUUUCUCAAUAAAGAACUCCUCACAAGAACAAGUAUGGAGAUCGCUUACCAGCCGUAUAUCGACCCCGAGUUUGAAUCUCUCCUCGAAAGAAUCUAUCCUCCGAGGGUUUGCAUUGAUAACGACGCUUGUCAAGACUGUACGCUUGUUAAGGUUGACAGCGCGAACAAGCAUGGGAUUUUAUUAGAGAUGGUCCAAGUCUUGACAGAUCUUGACCUUGUUAUCUCCAAAUCAUACAUUUCCUCUGAUGGGGUAUGGUUCAUGGACGUGUUCCACGUGACUGAUCAGCUUGGAAUCAAAAUUACUGACGAAAGCCUCAUACUUUAUAUUCAGCAGGUAAUUUGCAUAUGGAAAUACACAUACCUAUGCAGAUCUGCACAAUUUUGUCUCGUAAUAAUUGCUGAAUUGCAGGCAUUGUGUGCAAGUAGAAAAGAGGGAAUAUCCAAGGAGCUGCAAAAUUGUCUGAAAAGAGAAGUUAGGCCGCCACACGUGUCCAUGGGUCACACUGCCUUGGAAAUAACUGGAACUGACAGACCAGGUCUGCUUUCCGAGAUUUCAGCUGUUCUUACUCAGCUGGAAUGCAAUGUCACAGCUGCCGUGGCAUGGACACACAAUACCAGAGCUGCUAGUAUAAUCUAUGUGGAAGACAAGCUGAGAGGUGGACCUAUUACAGACCUGAAGAGACUUGCUCAUGUAGAAGAGCAGUUGGAGAAUGUAGUUGAUGCCCGGCAUCGGGUAGGGGAGAAGAGGAGUGUUCGGCUGACCACACCAGUGGCCGGGCAGACGCAUACUGAGCGGCGGCUGCACCAGUUGAUGUAUGCAAAUAUGGAUUAUGAGCCGUGUCGAGGAUGCACGGAGACGGGUGUCGCGCACCGGAGGCAUUGUACUAAGAUUCAUGUGUCGAUAGAGUCUUGCAAGGAGAAAGGAUACUCGGUGGUGAACAUGAGAAGUAGGGAUAGGCCAAAGCUCUUAUUUGAUACAUUGUGUGCAUUAACUGAUAUGCAGUACGUGGUGUUCCAUGCCGCAGUGAGCUCUAGAGGCACCAUGGCUGAUCAGGUAUGGUAUAUGAACUCAACAGAGAAAGAUUACGCCCGUACCAUUACAGCGAAAACUGAAAACUGGAAAUCUUUGCAGGAGUACUUCAUUAGGCAUAAGGAUGGUUUCACUUUAGAUACAGAGUGUGAAAGGCACAAACUCACCCAAUGCUUGAUUGCUGCCGUUGAGAGGAGAGUAUCCCAUGGAUUGAGGCUAGACCUCUGCACACACAAUCGAGUGGGAUUGCUAUCAGAUGUUACACGGGUUUUCCGGGAAAGCGGCCUGUCAAUAUCAAGGGCCGAGAUUGGUACGCAAGGCGACAGAGCAGUAGGAUCAUUCUAUGUCACUGAUGCUUCAGGAGAUGAAGUUAAUCCACAGACGAUAGAACUGGUGAGGAAAGAGAUAGGGGGAUCUAUCCUGGUAGUUAAUAAGUCACCAGGUUGGACUCCGAGGACUCCUUCCACAAGAAAUAUUAGCAGAAGUAGCAGUGGCAGCGUAGGUGAAGAUAAGCCAAGAUUCUCACUAGGAAGCCUGUUCUGGUCUCAGCUUGAACGGCUGUCAAACAAUUUCGGAUCCAUUCGGUCAUGAGAGUUGUAAUCUCAGGAGUUGCUUCUCCUGCUGUACUCAAUUGUAUGUUGUAAAUAAUUUUGUAUGCAGGGAGAUUGAGCAGUCAGUCGGUUAGUUUUUCCAGUAAUAAUCCAGGUUAUUUGUUUCUUACU